GAAGAAGGAAAGGGUUGGGACAGGGAGGAAUAGCUGGAGGGAGGGAUGGCUGAAUAACGAGGAGAGAAACACCCACUCCGGACUGACCGAAUUGUAUCCGGAGAGAGGGAGUGAGAGAAAGAAAGAGAGAGGGGAGAGGAAAGAGUGAGAAGGAAGAAGGACCCUUUGGGAGGCAACAACAGAAGCGGCAGCAGUCUUUCUGGUAUUCAGAGGAUUUCCUUUGGGGAUAAAAAAAAAAAGAGGACGCUUUGAAUUGAUGACUGGAGAGCGUGAUCUUUCCUCUCUGCGCAGGUCUAGGCUGGUUGUGAGGAUGUUGUCAACAGGGCAGAUGAGGUGGUGUUUGUGGGCUCCGCUGGUGUCACUGGCCAUAGUUUCCAGUUUCCCCAGUAAGGCACAGAGUCAAGUUCCGGCUCCAAGGAGGCUGCGUUUCAAAGAGCUGAGCUCGAGCAAACUUCUUGUUUCAUGGAAGGAACCCAAAGGAGACUUUGACAGCUAUCUGUUCCUCUACAACAGCAUACCAGGUGGUCAGCAGAGGGAGAUCAUAGUGUCUAAAUCCGACACUAGGGUGUUGAUAACAGACUACAACCCCUCCAAAGACUACAUUGUCAGUGUCAUUGCUGUCAGUGGCAGUGAGCAGAGCAGAGCACUUCAGGGCAGGCAUAAAGCUGAAAGAGGUGAGAGUGAUGGAGGAGACAAGACUGAGCCCCACAGGCUGACUGAUUCAGUUGUACCUCCAGAGGAUGCCAACGAGAUCUCUGGAGUCGAUCAGUUUGUGUGCCACACCGAAGCCAUCGCAGAUAUCGUGAUCCUGGUGGACGGGUCCUGGAGUAUCGGUCGGCUCAACUUCCGGCUGGUCCGCAUGUUCCUGGAAAAUCUGGUCAAUGCCUUCGAUGUUGGCAUUGAUAAGACAAGGAUAGGUCUGGCUCAGUACAGUGGUGAUCCCCGGAUAGAGUGGCAUCUAAAUGCUUUCUCCACUAAAGAUGCUGUUAUUGAUGCUGUCAAGAACCUGCCUUACAAAGGAGGAAACACUCUCACAGGCCUUGCAUUGACCUAUAUCCUGGAGAACUGCUUCAAACCUGAGUCCGGCUCACGGGUUGGUGUGCCCAAGAUCGGGAUCCUAAUCACGGACGGGAAGUCCCAGGAUGAUGUUAUACCACCCGCACACAGCCUGCGCAACGCAGGGGUUGAGCUGUUUGCUAUCGGUGUGAAGAACGCUGAUGAGAAUGAGUUACGCUCCAUCGCCUCAGAGCCAGAGAACACUCACGUCUACAAUGUGGCCGACUUCAACAUCAUGAGCUCCAUAGUGGAGGGUCUGACCAAAACAGUGUGUGAACAAGUGGAGCAACAAGAUAAAGACAUCAAGGAGAAGCAGGUACCAGAGGAUAUCGGAACGCCACUUGACCUGGUGACGUCAGAGGUCACAGCCCGGAGCUUCAGGGUCUCAUGGAGCCAUGCCCCCGGGAACGUAGAGAAAUACAGAGUGGUUUAUUAUCCUGUGCAGGGAGGAGAACCACAGGAGGCUGUAGUGGACGGCAGCGAGACUUCAGUGGUGCUAGAGCAUCUCAGCUCUCUCACCGAGUACCAGCUGGCUGUGUUUGCCGUGUAUGCAAAUGAGGCGAGUGAAGCUCUGAGAGGAUCGGAAACAACCUUGGCCCUUCCUACAGUAACAGGCCUGCGGCUGUUUGAUGUGACUCACAGCACCAUGAAAGCGAGAUGGGACAGCGUGGAUGGGGCCUCUGGCUACAUGCUGCUGUAUGCACCUCUUACAGAUGAUGGAGACUUAGAUGAGAAGGAGAUCAAGGUAUCAGAUGCAGUUACAGAGCUGGAGCUGGAUGGGUUGAUCCCUCACACUGAAUACACUGUCACUGUUUAUGCCAUGUAUGGAGAGGAAGCCAGUGACCCUAUUACAAAUCAGGAAACUACAUUACCGCUGAGUCCUCCCAGUAACCUCCAGUUCUCUGACAUCACCCAUAAUUCCGCCCACAUCAGCUGGGACCCCGCGCCAGGAGGGGUCAAAGGUUACCGCAUCAUGUGGAUCAAGACAGACGAACUAGUCACAGAGAAGGUGGAGGUCGGCCCAGUGAGCUCCUAUGACCUCAGCAAGUUGAUGUCCCUGAUGGAGUACUCGGUGGCCAUCUUUGCCAUGUACGACAACGGCCAAUCAGAGCCACUCACUGACGCAUUCACCACCAAUCCAGUUCCUGGUCCUCUGAAUCUACGCUCCAGUGAUGUCGGCACAGAAAGCUUUGCAGUCAGCUGGGAUCACUCAGCUGAUGACAUCGUCCUUUACAGACUCUCUUGGGCACCGUUCACAGGUGGUGACACAAAAGAGGUGGUCCUGAGUGGAAGUGAUAACAGAUACAUCCUGAACGGUCUGAAUCCGUCUACUGAGUAUGAAGUUAUGCUGACGGCUGUGUUCAACGACGAAUCAGAGAGUGACACCGUCUCGGUUAUAGAGACCACAUUGGCCACGACAACAACGAUUGCCACCACAACCGCAGUGGCACGUCAGGCUGUGAGAAACCUUAAGCUGAGCGACGAGACCACCCAGAGCUUAGAGGCAUCGUGGGAGAUGGAGGACCCCCACGUGGAGAGCUACAGGGUCUCCUAUGGUAGCCUCAAGGACCACAAUGAAGAAUCUGUGUUAGUUCCCGGUGGUCAGAGGAGAGCUGUGCUUCAGCCUUUACAAUCAGACACACAGUACAUGGUGACAGUCACGCCAGUGUACACGGACGGACAAGAUGGCAUCAGUGUCUCUACCCUGGGAGCCACGUUGCCCCUCUUGUCUCCUGGAAACCUCCGUGUGUCAGAGGAGUGGUACAACCGGUUCAGGGUCACCUGGGAUCCACCUCAGUCUCCUACAGAGGGUUACAGGAUCGUCUACCAGCCCAUUUAUGUUUCAGGUCCAGUUUUGGAGACAACAGUGGGUGAAGAUGUGAACUCCAUGCUUCUUCUGAAUCUGCUAAGUGGGACUGAAUACAGUGUUCAAGUGACGGCUUCCUACCCUACAGGACAAAGUGAACCACAGCUAGUGAAUGCUAAAACAUUGUUCCUCGGCGUCUCUGGCUUGUCGACCUACCAGGUGCGCUCCAACAGCAUGUGUGUCCAAUGGCAGCCUCUCCUCCAUGCCACAUUAUACAGAGUCUCCGUACAGUCUACACUCAAUAGUCAAAGGCAAGAAGUGAGCCUUGGAGGUGGUGCUUCCCGACAGUGCUUCUAUGACCUCACGCCCAGCAGCCAAUACCAGAUCAGCGUUCACACGCAGAUGCAAGAAAUGGAGGGACCUUCAGUCUCCAUCACUGACAUGACCUUGCCAGCACCCACUCAGGCUCCGACUGAACCACCCACCACAGAGCCCCCUCCCACCAUCCCGCCUGCUAAGGAAGUGUGUAAGGAGGCCAAGGCUGACUUGGCGUUCUUGGUAGACGGCUCCUGGUCCAUCGGAGACGACAACUUCAUGAAGAUCACGCGUUUCCUCUACAGCACCAUGGGAUCGCUGGAUCUGAUUGGACCAGACGGCACCCAGGUAGCCAUUGCUCAGUUCAGCGACGAUGCUCGGACAGAAUUCCAGCUGAGUUCCCAUGGCAACAAGGAAGCGCUGCUGGAAGCCAUUCAGAGGAUCAGAUACAAAGGAGGAAACACCAAGACAGGUCGGGCCAUAAAACAUGUGAAAGAGUCCAUUUUCACCACAGAGGCCGGAGCCAGAAGGGGCGUUCCUAAGGUCCUGGUUGUCCUGACUGAUGGACGUUCGCAAGAUGAUGUCAACAAAGUGUCCAAGGAGAUGCAGAUGGAGGGCUAUAUCAUCUUUGCCAUCGGCUUUGCGGACGCAGACUACGGAGAGCUGGUGAAUAUCGCCAGCAAGCCCAGUGACAGACAUGUCUUUUUUGUGGACGAUUUGGAUGCUGUGAAGAAAAUAGAAGAACAGCUCAUUACCUUUGUCUGCGAGGCUGCCACUGCCACUUGUCCGUCUGUUUUGAUGAGUGGUAACACAAUGGCAGGUUUCCGUAUGAUGGAGAAGUUUGGCCUUGUGGAGAAGGAGUACAGCAUUAUACCUGGAGUUUCUCUGGAGCCGGGGUCUUUCAACAGCUUCCCGUGUUACAGGUUACACCGUGAUGCCAUGGUGUCACAGCCUACCAAGUACCUUCACCCUGAAGGUUUACCCUCUGACUACACCAUUUCAAUGAUGCUCCGCCUACUGCCGGAGACCCCGCAGGAGCCCUUUGCAUUGUGGGAAAUCCUCAACAAAGCCAACGAGCCAUUGGUGGGACUAAUCCUGGACAACUCUGGAAAGACCUUGACGUUCUUCAACUAUGACUACAAAGGAGACUUCCAAACUGUUACAUUUGAAGGAACAGAAAUCAAAAAGAUCUUCCAUGGCAGCUUCCAUAAGCUCCAUGUAACCAUCAGUAAGACAUCCGUGAAGGUGGUGUUAGAUUGUUCUGUAGUCGGGGAGAAACCCGUCAGUGCAGCCGGUAACAUCACCACAGACGGAGUGGAGAUCCUCGGAAGGAUGUUUCGGUCCAGAGGCACACAGGACAACUCUGCCCCGUUCCAGCUCCAGAUGUUUGACAUCAUCUGCAGUACGUCGUGGGCCAGCAGAGAUAAGUGUUGUGAGCUGCCAGCAUUGAGAGUUGAGGAGCAGUGCCCUCCCAUGCCUCAUGCCUGCACCUGCUCGCAGGACAGCAAAGGACCCCCAGGACCUUCCGGACCCCCUGGCGGUCCAGGCAUAAGGGGUGCCAGAGGAGACAGGGGAGAGCCAGGAGUAACGGGACCUCAGGGGCCGGUGGGAGAAAUUGGCCCUCCUGGACCCGCAGGUCCGCCUGGUCCUCAGGGACCCAGUGGACUCUCCAUUCAGGGCCCCCCGGGUGCUGCUGGAGAGAAGGGAGAGAGAGGGGAGAUCGGUCCACCUGGACAAAUGGGCGUUCCUGGAAGCCCUGGCUCGCCCGGUAGAGACGGCCCCCCAGGAACAAGGGGUCUGCCGGGAAAUAUCGGACCGCAGGGACGACAAGGACCUCCUGGACCUGUUGGAGCCCCUGGUGCACCCGGAGCUCCAGGACCAGGUGGACCAGCAGGGUCCCCGGGAGAUCAAGGACUUCCAGGUCCUGCUGGUACCAAAGGCGAUAAGGGAGAAAGAGGCGAUGUGCAAUCCCAGGCUGCUGUUCGAGCCAUCGCACGGCAAGUGUGUGAACAACUCAUCCAGAGCCACUUGUCUCGCUAUAACUCCAUACUGAACCAGAUCCCCGUCCAGUCUGCAGUGUCGGUCCGAACAGUACCCGGACCACCCGGGGAGCCGGGAAGGAGAGGCCUCCCGGGGCCUCAGGGAGAGCAAGGCCCGCCUGGCAGACCGGGCUUCCCUGGUACCAAUGGCCAGAACGGACGACCGGGAGACAGAGGUCUUCCAGGAGAGAAGGGAGAGAGGGGUAGUCCAGGGGUUGGGAGUCAGGGACCUCGAGGACCACCCGGAUCUCCAGGCCUGCCCGGUGAAGGACGGACAGGUAGCCAGGGUCCACCCGGUCGGCCUGGUACCCCGGGGACAGCGGGGAGGCCGGGAAAUCCAGGUAGCACUGGACCAGCUGGCCCUCCAGGAUACUGUGACCAGAACUCAUGUAUGGGAUACAAUGUCGGAGUCCAACCCCUGCCUCACGGCGGCUACCAGCCCUACAACCCUCCCUACAACCAGCUGUACAACCCCGCUGCAGUGGCUUACAACAACGACCAAGGAGGCGAAGAUGAGGUGGAGGAGGAGGAGGGAGAGGAAGAGCAGGACCCCUAUUACCAUCGUGGUUACCCCCCUCAGUACUACCCCCGACAGCCUUCCCAGUCGGCCCACGGUUACCGCUCGCGCCCCGCCCACUCCGAGGACGUGGAGCUGAGGUCGCCGGGCGUCGCCAGGAGGUUUUCACGUGAUGUCGUCGCCAUGGAGGAGAGCGAGGAGGGAGGACUUUAAGAGGAAGGAUGGACUCACCUAAAGUGCUUGAGCCCUGCACGCCACAACACACCCACACACAAACACGCACAUAUCCACACAUGGAAACAAAUCACAUAUUGACAUACACAUACACCUACCCCAACACCCCACCCCCCACCCCCACCCCCCAAUCUGGAACUGUGGUGAGAACCCCCCUCUUCCCUGUGUCUCCAGUGAGUUUCUCCACCAGGUGAAACAGUGUAAAUAGCUCUGUGGACUCUUGUACGAUAUCUCUGUAAAAAAGGGGGUCCGAAAAGUGCCUGAUCUAUGUUAGCAUCGUCCAGUGGUAAUGUAAAGGUAAGACCUGUUUCUUCCCAUCUUACAGCUGAUUUCAGGACUAAACCCUUCUUCUGUUUUUGUGUGUGAAGCUGCAUGUCUCCUUUGAGCCAACCAGUGAGUGUGUAACUGGAUACGUGCAUCUUGUUUUUGGUUUAAUGUAAUUUAGCUAGAUUAUUUUACAAUUCAAAUCAUUGAGGAUGAUGAGCUGGCAACAUUUGUACAGGCUGCUUUUUAUAAUGAUGAAUCAUGCCCCCCCCCCCAAACACACACUUAUUUCAGUGUUUCAGUGUGUAAAGGAAUAUUGAAAUGUUUUUGAAGAGAUUUCUCCGUACAGUAUUGUGUUGAAUUUGCUUCUCUUUACCAGUGUUUUUGGAUGAACUAUUAUGGGAGUUAAUCUCCAAAAAAUGAAAUGUAGAAGCAGACAUAUCGAAUUUCUGUUACCUAAACACUGUGGAACACAAAUCAAAUUUAUCUUGUAAAUGAUGAGAAAAUCUGGCCACCACAAUGAUAUUUUGUCCUUCCAUAUUUCAUUCUGUUAGUACAAACAUGGAGCAGGUCUGUACUGGGCUUUAAUACUCAGACUUGUGGUGAAUUUAAAGGACAAAUCGGUGUUUGUGUCUUGUGUUGCUGCCCCAGUUUGUUUUGUUUAUUGUUCUUAUGCAAAGUCAGGCCUGCUCACUGUGGAAACACUUUUCUCACCGGUUGACCUUUCGACCUCGUGUCGGAAGGUGGGCCUGGAUCCAAACAGUCUGCUGUCUCACCACAAAGUGUAAACUUUGCCCUCUCCUGCACUGCAGUCUGAAAAAAACAGGCACUGAAGCAACUGAAAGUUUAGCUGUGAGCUGGCCCUGGUCUAUUUGACAUUUAAACUGUCAGACUUGAACAGUUUUAAUAAGGAAUGUGUCUUACCAUCAUGCCCCUUAGUACAAUAUGAACAACUUAUUUAUUUUCUAAUUUGUUUGCUUUUAUAACCAAUAAAUCUGUAAUGAGACUACAACAUUGUGUUUUAGGUCAUUUAACAACACAAAAAAGUCAAACUUAAACUAGAUUCUAGAGCAUUUAUGUAAAAACACUACUAGACAAGAACAGGUUAAUUAACCCUCUGAAGCCUCUAGCUCCAACACCCAUCUCUUCACUGACAUGCUGAUAACACUGACCAACACACCUCAUAAGAUAAUGAGAAUAACAUUGUAACAAUACAUUUUGUUUUUAGUGAGUUGUAUAUAUAUCCUAGGGGCUGAGUUCAGUCAAAUGUACUACAGAAUCCUGCUGUUUCCAGCGUGGAAAUAAAUCCAAAAUUAGCUGUAAUCAGUUAGAUUGGAUGAGGGACAAUUGAUCUAGCCAGUUAUGAUUCCAAAUUGGCACAAACAAAGGAAGAUGCAAAUACUAAAGCUCUUGUUGGUUGUGUUUUUCAUUUGCAAAAUAUGACAAUCUGGUGCCUCAGUUCAGCUUCUACAGUAUGAGGCUGCCUGGAUGUGGAAGUAGUAAGCAUGGCUCCUGUCUGUUGAUAAAGCCGAAGCUCUUGUCUCCAGCACACAGGUGCAGAUUAACAUCAGUUUCUUUUGCAGCGUGGGGACUAAAAUUCACAGUGAAACGAACAUGUAACAAUGGACUGACGAGGCUACUUUUAUUUAAUUGAACGUUUUUAUGUAAAGACAGGUCGUUUUCUACCUGACAUGUUUAGACUGCAGUCUUGGCAGGUGGAACAUAUCGGUUAAAAAAAGCUAAAUGACUGAAAGGGACAAAAAUCUUUAGAGUCUGUGCAACACAAACGGUGUUAUGAAUCAUCCUAAUUAUGCAAAAGUUUGGUUUUGCCCUGUUUCAACAGUGAGAGGUUCACUGAGUGUUUGGUGACCAGGUUCAGUAAACUUAAAACACUCAAAUUCUGCAAGAAAUACACAUUCAGAGUGUCUGAUCAGUUGGCUGCUGCUCUUAGGAUUAAAGGUUGUGCGUUUAAUUGCUGAUAAUUUUUGAAGUCCACAGCCCAGAUGGAAGAGUUAAUGGUAAGAAAUAACUUAACCCUAACACCCAAACUGAAGAUUGAAAAGUGCACUGAGAGAUACUCCUAAUAAGAGGGUACUCAGUGGCAUAGUGGACCUUGACGUAGACCAAAAGGGGCCUCACUGUGCAGAGUCUAAGGGAUCGAAUUCUGCGCGCUACCAGAAC